UCAACCUUCCUUUCCCGGGCUCCCCACAGCCAACAUGGCGGCUCCCUGUGUGUCCUGUGGUUCGGCAGUUUCCUACCGGCUCCUUCUUGGGGGCAUAGUUAACCUUGCCCGGAGGCAAGGCAUCUGGAGAGCGUCGGCUGCUGAGUUGCGGACAGCUACCGGAUCCCAGAUAUUAAGGCUAAGACACACCACAGUUGUGACAACAAAGAAAAAUGCUGCAGCCUUCAGACGUGAAACUUACACAGUCGAUUUUAUUAAAAAUCAGAUUGAAGAGUUCAACAUAGGAAAGAGACAUUUAGCCAACAUGAUGGGAGAAGAUCCAGAAACUUUCACCCAAGAGGAUAUUGAUAGAGCUAUUGCUUACCUUUUUCCAAGUGGUUUGUUUGAGAAGCGAGCCAGGCCAAUAAUGAAGCAUCCUGAACACAUUUUUCCAAAACAAAGAGCAAUCCAGUGGGGAGAAGAUGGCCGUCCAUUUCAUUUUCUCUUUUAUACGGGCAAACAAUCAUAUUAUUCAUUAAUGCAUGAAGCAUAUGGAAAGCUACUGGAUGUAGAAAAACAUCAAAAUCAGUUGCGAGCCAAAGGACUAUUUUUGGAAAAAACUGAAACUAAAGACCUGAUUGGCAGCAGAUGGCUGAUUAAGGAGGAACUAGAAGAAAUGUUAGUGGAAAAACUGUCAGAUCAAGAUUAUAUGAAGUUUAUUCAGCUGCUAGAAAGGUUAUUGACAUUACAGCCUGGUGUUGCUGAGGACAGAUUUGUGCAGAGAUUUCGCAGAAGUGUAACUGUUCAAUCAAAAAAACAUCUGAUUGAACCUUUGCAGUAUGAUGAGCAAGGAAUGGCCUUCAGCACAAGUGAAGGUAAACGAAAGAGUGCAAAAGCAGAAGCAGUUGUUUAUGAACAUGGAAGUGGAAAAAUAAAAGUAAAUGAAAUUGAUUAUUUGCUUUACUUCCCAGUGAUACAGGACAGAGAACAGUUGAUGUUCCCUUUCCAAUUCCUUGACCGGCUGGGAAAGCAUGACGUGAAGUGCACCGUCUCGGGGGGCGGGAGAUCAGUACAGGCUGGAGCCAUCCGCUUGGCAAUUGCAAAAGCCUUAUGCAGUUUUGUCACCGAGGAAGAGGUCGAGUGGAUGAGACAAGCUGGACUACUUACUACUGAUCCACGUGUCAGAGAACGGAAGAAGCCAGGCCAAGAGGGAGCCCGCAGAAAGUUUACCUGGAAGAAGCGCUGAGUGUUUUUUCACAGGAAAGGAGAGGAAAAGCUGUGUAUAUGUGCCUGGCAUGUGGCAGACGUGUAACAAAUAUUUGCUGACCAGUGCAAGAGCAACACUAGCAGAAGUUCUUUUGAGUUUUGAAGUGAUUUAUCUUUUAAUGCUAUUUUGUAAAGGUUAUCUUAAAAAAAUAAAAAAAAAAAAAACUAUUGUUAGUUUUGUUCUACUGCUUUAUUUUUUAUGCUUUUUCGGAAAAUCAUUUUAGAAGCAUAGUACGUAGAAUCUUUGUAUGUUAGACCUGAAAGGAACAUUCAACAAAAUCUAACUCUUUUUGCAGAACAGAAGACUCAGCCCCCAAGACUAGUUAGUGACCUACCAGAGUCACAUUGCGAAUUUAAUGGCAGAACUAGACUAGAACUCAUUUCUUCUGAUUCUGUUUUUUCACCCUUAUGCCAAUUGUUACAACAUAUUUUUCUUUUAUUUUUUUAUUGUGAACUUUAACAUAUUUACAUAACAGUGAUAACUUUUAAAGUACGAUUUAACAAGUAGAGAACAAAUUCCAAAGAAUGUCA